ACGGGGUAGCACCGCCCCCGAGGACCUGGGGCUUCCCUUCCGGUCCCCACAGCCCCAGGGUCCCGCCGAGCGCCUAAAGCAGCCUGGCCGCGGGGUCGGGCUUUGCCUGUCACGCGGCGGGAGGAGGUAGCCCCGCCCACGAGGGCGGGUCUCCAGGACGGAGCUUCCGGUGGUGGGGGCGCGCGCCCGGCUGGUGGGGUUGGUGCGCGCUGGGCGCACCCGUGUGCCCGUCACCGUCUGCGAGGCGGCCGCGGGCCCCUCAGAAGUUCAGGGCUAGACCCGUCCCCGGGCCGCGCCGGAGGGAGCCCGAGGAGCGCCGGCGGCCUUUCCUUGCGGGUCACAAAGGGAAACGCGAAGUGGAAGUGUGGCAGCUACCUGAGCUCCAGCUGCUCUUCUUCCCUAAGAAGAUCCAUGAGACACUCCUCAGGAUCACCUAAGUGGGUCAGAGCAUCCUCAGCACUAGGUCUUGGUGGAGACGCCAGAAUGAGAAGGCGCAAGAGUCCUGGUCCCCACCAACCAGCCUCCCCGGUGACGAGUGCGGGGCCUGGGACAGGGACCACUGUGCUCCUGGCUGCCUCCUCUCCUGCCAUCCUCACCCCGUUCAACCCACAGAGGCCCCCAGCUGAUGUUCGUGUGACCUUUGAGGAUGUUGCUGUGCGCUUCUCUAAGGAGGAAUGGUGCCUCCUUGAUGAGGCUCAGAGACACCUGUUCCUCGAAGUGAUGCUGGAGAACUUUGAACUCAUAUCCUCUCUAGGUUGCUGCUGUGGAGCAGAGGAUGUGGAGGCACCUCCUGAACAGCAUGCUUCUGUGAGAGUGUCACAGGCAAAGAACCCCAAUGUAGCUGUGUCCUCCCAGAAGAGCCACCCCUGUGAGAGUUGUGGACCAGUCCUGAGAGACAUUUUCCACUUGGUUGAGCAGCAGGGAUCAGAACACAACCUGAAACUAUUGAGGUGUGGGGCAUGUGCAAAGCAGUUUUAUUUCAGCAAGAAAGCCAUUGGCUGCAACCAGACGCUUGCUCAGGACCAUGGUGUCUGUAAUGGAAUACAGUGUUUUGUGUGCCGUGAAUGUGGAAAAUCUUUUACAAAAAUCUCUGAUCUCCAUUAUCAUCAGAAAUUGCACUCAGGAGAAAGUCCAUACGAGUGCAGUAAAUGUGGGAAAUGCUAUAAUCAACACUCCAAACUUAUUCCACACCAGCGAGUUGAUUCUAAAGAAAAGGGUCAUGAGUGUGGUGAAUGUGGGAAAUAUUUUACCAGAAUCUCUGGUCUUUAUUGUCAUCAGAGCCUCCACACUGGAGAAAGGCCUUAUAAGUGCAGUGAAUGUGGGAAAUCUUUUGUCACGAACUCUGAGUUGAGUUAUCAUCAGAAAUGUCACACUGGAGAAAGGACUUAUGAGUGCAGUCUGUGUGGGAAAUCUUUAACCACUCCCACAGGCCUCCGUUAUCAUCAGAAACUUCACACUGGAGAAAAGCCUUAUAAGUGCUCUGAAUGUGGGAAAUCUUUUGUCUGGAACUGUGACUUGCGUUAUCAUCAGAAAUGUCACACUGGAGAGAAACAUGAAUGUAGUCAGUGUGGGAAAUCUUUUUCCAGUAAGUAUAACCUCCAUUGUCAUAAGAGAAUUCACACUGGAGAAAGGCCUUAUGAGUGCAGUCAGUGUGGGAAAUCUUUUACCACUAAGGGUAACCUCUGUCAUCAUCAGAAAAUUCACACUGGAGAAAGGCCUUAUGAGUGCAGUCAGUGUGGGAAAUCUUUUACCAGUAACGGUAGCUUUCGUUAUCAUCAGAGAAUGCACACUGGAGAAAGGCCUUAUGAGUGCAGUCAGUGUAGGAAAUCUUUUACCACUACUGAUGGCCUCCGUCAUCAUCACAGAAUUCACACUGGAGAAAGGCCUUAUGAGUGCAGUCAGUGUGGGAAAUCUUUUACCAGUAAGAAUAAGCUCCAUUGUCAUCAGAGAAUUCACACUGGAGAAAAGCCUUAUGAGUGCAGUCAGUGUGGGAAAUCUCUUACCAGUAGGGGGAGCCUCCGUUGUCAUCAGAGACUUCACACUGGAGAAAAGCCUUAUGAGUGCAGUCAGUGUGGGAAAUCUUUUACCAGUAGGGGGAACCUCCAUUGUCAUCAGAGACUUCACACUGGAGAAAGGCCUUAUGAGUGCAGUCAGUGUGGGAAAUCUUUUACCAGUAAGGGUAACCUCUGUCAUCAUCAGAAACUUCACAGUGGAGAAAGGCCUUAUGAGUGCAGUCAGUGUGGGAAAUCUUUUCCCAGUAAGAGUAACCUCUGUCAUCAUCAGAAACGUCACAGUGGAGAAAGGCCAUAUGAGUGCAGUCAGUGUGGGAAAUCUUUUACCAGUAGGGGGAGCCUCCAUUGUCAUCAGAGAAUUCACACUGGAGAAAGGCCUUAUGAGUGCAGUCAGUGUGGGAAAUCUUUUACUUAUAAGUGUAGCCUCCGUUAUCAUGAGAGUCUUCACACCGGAGAAAGGCCUUAUGAGUGCACCGAAUGUGGAAAAUCAUUUGCCCUGAACAAGCAGUUGCAUCGUCAUCAGAGAGUUCACAGUAAAAAGGGUUCAGGAAUGCAGUGAAUGUGGGAAAUAUUUUGCCAGAAAGAGUCACUUUCAUUCUCAUCAGAGUGUUCACAGGGUGUGCUGAUACUUUUGAAGGGAAUUACUUUCAAAGAUCUUGCAAAGGUCCGUGUGUCAUAAUGUCUGCAAUUCCAUUGGUGAUGGUCACUUGGGUGUAGGAUAGUAGGGUUUAGGCAGCCGUGGGCAAACUACGGCCCGCGGGCCAGAUCCAGCCUGUUUGAAAUGAAUAAAACUAAAAAAAAAAAAAAGACGAUACCCGUUUAUGUAAUGAUGUUUACUUUGAAUUUAUAUUAGUUCACACAAACACUCCAUCCAUGCUUUUGUUCCGUCUCUCCGGUCCAGUUUAAGAACCCAUUGUGGCCCUCGAGUCAAAAAGUUUGCCCACCCCUGGUUUAAGGCAAAGCAUAAUUGCUACAGAAUCACUGGCCCAAUAAGGAUUGUGCAUAAUUCUUAAAAUAUAGAUAGGUUUCAUUUAUCUUUAUAAAUAACUCAUAAUGCAAUUUCCAAGUCAGAGAAGAGGUGAAUUUUUAACUUAAAGAAAUUAGGAAAUUCUGAAUUAAGCCAAUUGCACGUUUUUGCAUUCUCCCAGCAGUGUAUGACAGAGUUAAUUCCUCCAUAUCCUAGAAAAGGUUUGGUCAGUUUUCCUUUAUUUAAACUUUUUUGUGCCGUAGCCGGUUUGGCUCAGUGGAUAGAGCGUCAGCCUGCGGACUGAAAGGUCCCAGGUUCGAUUCCGGUCAGGGGCAUGUGCCUUUGUUGCGGGCACAUCUCCAGUGGGGAGUGUGCAGGAGGCAGCUGAUCAAUGUUUCUCUCUCAUCGAUGUUUCUGACUCUCUAUCUCUCUCCCUUCCUCUCUGUAAAAAAUCAAUAAAAUAUAUUUAAAAAAAAAAUAAAAAA